AUGAGUUCAUCUUGAGACUGUUUCCUGCACACAACAACAGAACUUCCUCUUUCUAACCACACUGAUUAGAUAAGAUGUGGUCGCUCAUUAGCACACAGUUCACAAGGAGCAGAGAGCGCAAACAAGCAGAGUGACAAAACUGAAACAAGAUACAUUUAUGGAGGCUGUUAUAUUGACCUUUGUGCUUUGCCUCAUGGCCCCUACGGCUUCGGCACAGAACCAAACAAUCGAGUUAAGCAUGAUGAACCAAAGCAUUGACGACAUGUUCACCGGCUGCAGCGAGAAGAUGGCUACCAAAGUCCGAGAAGUCUACUUCCCUAGAGAGAUCCAGAACUCUCCAUUUCAAAACGCCUGGAAUCUGGCCGAACCGUGCGCUAAAACCAACCUAGACAAGCUCCCAGCUGAACACAAGGCGCUAACAAAAGAUAAUCUGCAAGCGAUAUGUGCCUACACCAACGCUUCAACAAAACUGUACUCACAACUCAAUAAUGAAGUUAGAAACAGAGCCACGAUGUACAACACUUCCGGAUUCCAGUACCACGCUUUGUACUUCUGGCUAACUUCUGCUUUACAGAUUCUUCAGAGAUCUUGUGAAACAGCAUACAGAAGAACCCAUAGUGUUUUCGAUGGAAAAAUCAACACCACAAUGCGUUUUGGUCAAUUUGCUUCAUCUUCGCGCAACCCAAACGUGGUAGAAUAUGGCGAAGAGAGCUGUUUUCAUAUUAAAACCUGCUUUGGCGCGUACAUCGGUGACUACUCGGUGGUGCCAAGUGAGGAAGAAGUGCUGGUGCCCACCUACGAGAAGUUUCGAAUCGUCGAUAUUGUGUCAGGCUCCUAUGGGAAGCUAAAGUGUAAGAAGAUAUUUGUACUGGAGAGUGAAGGGUACAGCACUAAUCUCAACUGUAAGGCAGCCAAUCACAACCAGAGAAUCCAAGCUAGUUUUGCCCUGAUUGUUGUUUUGCAGGUUUUGGUUGGAUGGUCAUUGGGGAAUUUGGGAAUUGUCACAAAUUGAACAAACAAUUGUGAAAGUAUUUUUGUGAAACUGCCUGCUUCAAAUUAUAUAGCGUGCAUUAAAGACUACGUUCAGACUGCAGCCUGAAGUGACCCAAAUCUGAUCUUUUAAUGACACAGAUCCAAAUUUUUCAAAUGCGACCCAGGCCACUUGGAUAUGUGCUCCUAAAACCGAUACAUAUCUGAUAUUUUGACAUGUGAACGGCCAGGUCGCAUUCAUCCCACCUACACGUCUGGCUCCGAGUCUAGCCAAUGGAGGGAAAGUGAGGUUAACGAGUUCAUUAAUAUUUGGGGGGAUCGCUGUAUUUGGAGGGAUCUUAACAGAAUUGCGCCGUUUUAGAAAUGACUGCCAAAGGAAUGUCUGAGUGCGGCUACAGGUGGUCCUGACUCCAACGAAAAAUAAAGAGCCUACGAGCCAAAUACAAGGAGGCUAAAGACUCAAACAAACAAAGUAGCCGUGGACAUGUAACCUGCUUUGCUUUGCUUGAGCACAGUGUGGCAUUAAACACAUAUAUCUUCUACUUA